GCAUAUGCCUUGGUACAGCGAGUGGAUUCAAAAGGAGCCCGAUUGGUUGACGGAUGCCCAUCUGGCCCUCCUUCUCACCCUUCUACCGCGUCUCGAGCAUCUAAGCCUCUACAAUAACUUUGAGAGGGACAGCGUAUGCAUAAGCCUUGUACAAACAGUGCGCUGCAGUCCAGAACUGGUCCAAGCCGACGAAAAGAUAUUGCAACAUCUCAAGACCGUUACUCUCCUACAUGUCCAUGAUGAACCUCGCGUGCGGCACACUGAAGACGUCCUCCCAUUCUUUUACCUCCCGUCACUGACAAGCCUCAAGGUUUUCCUGGACAACCCCACCAGAGGAGCAAACCCAAGUCCGCAUCUGGUAUGGCCCAUGGUCGCACUGCCAUCAACACCGAUCACCUGUCUCAAAAUACGGUCAUUCAGAGAGCUUCACCUACCCGAGUUGCUUGCCGCCACACCUCGUCUGAAAACACUCUGGUGUGAAUGGGAAUUCGACCUGUACCUUCAUGAUGAGUGGCCAGGGGAGGCUGAGCACAACACGCCUGCUUUUGACCUGAAUAUCGCGAUGAAUGCCCUGCUGCAAGUCAGAGAUACGUUGACCGAGCUCAACAUUGGGGCUUCGAACAGUAGCGUGGACGGAUGGCCUGGCACUGGCCCGGUCUCAACCAAGGUCGUAGGUGCAAUGGCGCUUAGGACCUUCGACCAACUCAAGACUCUUGCCAUUCCACUCGCGUUUUUGGUUCGGGUUGAAAGCACCCGAGAUUGCCAAAGGAGCCGAAAUCUUGGGUACCUGUCUCCCAUGCCAUCUCGAAACGUUGGCGCCGGGAGGGAGAUCUAUUGGUGGGCUAUGGCGAUGUAUACGAUCACUGGCCGGGGAUGUCCUGCAACCAGAGAGCUCUCAUGCGCAUCAUUAUUCGUUGGCUGUCAACAGUGUCAGAAACCCAACCAAAAUUCCGAAAGCUUCUCCUCGAUUUGGGGCACUCCGAAACACCGGAAGAUCUUCCCUUCGAUGAUGCUUGAUCCGAGUCAACACAGAUGGGAUGGGAGCUCAAGAGCUUGGCUAGUCGACAAGGUAUUGACGCCAAGUUUGUCUAUGUCGAUAGAGAUGCGUACGAAUUCGUGCAUGAUACUUGGGCUGAUGAGGAAGAUGGACACUUCGUUUCAGUUUCAGGAUCCGAUACGGAGAGCGAACUGUGAAGACUUUGAACCGAAUAUCGGCUCAGGAAUAGGGGUGAAGUGUAACGGGGAGGUGGCCGAUCCGUCUGCAUCGGAGAGGAUCAAAUCGCGGCUUGUUGAUACGGGUGGGACGUGGACAAGAAGGGCGACGGAGAAUGGGGGGGAAUGAGGUUCGAUGUCACGAGCCUGUCCCUUUUACUUGCUUGGCACAUUUCCCCGUGAAGGAAGGGACUCAGAGAAUCUACUUUCAGUUCAGGAAACUUUGAAGGGGGGUGGAUCAAGAGCCUCUGCCUGCAGAGCCUGAUUACAGUGUUGAGUAGCAUGGCAUACUACGACCAGAUGGGAUAGUUUGAUAAAUACACCAUGUCGGAGCAGUCCUUUGGGUUGGCCGAUGUUGAUGGAAAGUUACAAAUUGUGGCUACGGGAAGAGAUACGGCAGGGUGUUGGGUCACAGUCUCGGAGAGCGACGAGACGUGGAAUAUUGGGGCAGCCGCGGCUACCAGGCAACUUCUCGACAACACGCCUGUCUGGAAGGCUCGGCGGCUCGAUGCCGAACUCAUGGUCGAGAAUGAGUACCUGCCGAGACUGUGGCAAUCGCACUUAAUACCUUCACUAGGGCACCUACCAGUGGCGAACUUGGGCAUAGGGGUAAAGCUGUCGCUGGGGGUCGAGGCGCUGAGACGGUAG